GUGUGUGUGUGUGUGUGUGUCAGUGAUUACACUCCUGCAUUGGCAUUCUGCUAACUAUAACAACUGCAAAAUGGCCUUGGCAAAGCAGUGAGAUCAGGAAAAAGACCUCAGAAUGAUGAACCCACUGCCUCACCUUCAGUCACUAUCGAUGUGCAUUCUGAAUCAAAGAGCAGAUCAAAUGGCAAUUCAGGACCUGCUCUCAUAUUUCUCCUCUCUCACCUGUCAAUGAUUUAACUGCAAUUCGCAAAUAAACCAACGUGACCUUCUCGAAUCGUUUGUGUUUGUCAAGCAGUGAAACAGUUCAGUCUGAAGUUCAUCUGCUAGAGACUCGGUUUCAGAGCGCUCGCGGGAGCCAGCUCCGUUAGAGCGAGAUGGCCAUCUUGUUCGGACUGUGCAUGCUGGGGAGCAUCACUUCAAUCGUCGUACUUGUUCUGCUGGUAUCCAUUUCGUACAGUCCACUAAUAAGGUAUGUACAGAUAUGGAGGGAAAUUAUGCCAGUUCCAGGGAUGGAGGGUGCCUUCCCAAUUGUUGGCAAUGCUCUGCAAUUCAAAACCAACGCAGGAGAUUUUUUUAACCAGAUUGUUGCGGGCACCAGUAAGAACAGACACAGGCCCCUGGUGAAGCUCUGGGUGGGACCCAUCCCCUUCCUAGUCUUAAUCCACGCAGAGACCAUCGAGCCUGUGCUGAGUAGUUCCAGACACCUGGAUAAAUCCUAUCCCUACAGAUUCCUGCAUCCCUGGCUCGGCACAGGCCUGCUCACCAGCACGGGAGACAAAUGGCGCAGCCGACGCAAAAUGCUCACGCCGUCAUUCCACUUCUCCAUCCUCGUGGACUUCCUGGAGGUGAUGAAUGAGCAGAGUGAGAUUUUGAUCCAGAAGAUGCAGAAACACGUGGGCGGAGAGCCGUUCAACUGCUUUAGCUACAUCACGCUCUGCGCGUUGGAUAUCAUAUGUGAGACUGCAAUGGGCAAGAAGGUCUAUGCACAGAGCAAUGCAGACUCUGAAUAUGUCCAAAGUGUGUACAAGAUGAGUGACCUCAUCACUCGGAGACAGAGAGCACCAUGGUGGUGGCCUGACUGGAUUUAUAACAUGUUCGGAGAGGGGAAAGAGCAGACUGAAAUACUCAAGAUUUUACACUCCUUCACUGCAAAUGUAAUCAAAGAGAGAGCAGCGAAUAAGACUGUAGGAUGGGAGCCAGAACCCAGGCUGAAAGAGAGGAGAGCCUUCUUAGACAUGCUGUUGAAAUCCACCGAUGACGCGGGUGCCAAGCUGAAGCUCGAGGACAUUCAGGAGGAGGUGGACACCUUUAUGUUUGAGGGCCACGACACCACAGCCGCUUCCAUGAACUGGGCCUUACACCUAAUCGGCUCUCACCCAGACGUCCAGAAGAAAGUUCAGAUGGAGCUGCAGGAGGUGUUGGGAUCAGCAGGGCGCCGUGUGGGGGCGGAGGAUCUGAAGAGACUGCGCUACCUGGAGUGUGUCAUCAAGGAGAGUCUGCGUCUGUUUCCCUCCGUGCCACUGUUUGCACGCCGCAUCUGCAAGGACUGCCACAUAAACGGUUUCAAAAUCCCUGAGGGCGUGAACACUGUGAUCAUCCCGUACGCGCUCCAUCGUGACCCGCGCUUCUUUCCUGAGCCUGAAGAGUUCCGACCUGAGCGCUUCCUGCCUGAAAACAGCCAUGGAAGACAUCCAUAUGCGUACAUUCCAUUCUCUGCAGGCUUCCGAAACUGCAUCGGUCAGCGCUUCGCUAUGAUGGAAGAGAAGGUGAUUCUUGCCUCUGUAUUGCAUAACUUUGAUGUGGAGGCAUAUCAGAGUCGCGACAACCUUCGACCCAUCGGGGAGCUCAUCCUUCGUCCAAAGCAGGGCAUUUGGAUCAGACUGCACAAGAGGGCCAUCUGAACCCAAGCCGCUCAGUCUCCGCAUGCUUGAAACAUCCUUUGGCAUAAUUUAUACACACGAAUGGCAAAUGUCAGGAUGCGAGGCAUAGCGGUUCUCUGGGACUGCCAAACUUCAUCUUCUGUGCACUCUUGAUGCCCUUUCGCUUUUAUUUGUGAGAUGCAUUCAGUUACGGUGCAGACUUUAAGAAUUUGGUUGUUGCCCAGCUGUCUCCCAUGUUUCCCUACAGUAAAAGCUGGUGUUUAUGUACACGUUCCAUGGCUCCAUUCAAGAGCACAUGUGAAAAUAAAGGCAUGCGAAAAUGA